GGGUCAAUCUUAGGCACAAAUGGGCCCUUGCUAUGGAGACAGACCCUUUUUAUCCCCCCAUUACCACCCAACUUUGGGAGGGGGGCUGGCAGACCUUCAACCAGAAGAAGAAAAGAUGUUGGAGACACUGAGGAGAAAAAGAAACAAAGAAAAGGGAAACAACCCAUGAAGAUGAAGAGACAAAAACCAACUGUCACAUGCAAGAAAUGUGGUGUACCUGGGCAUAAUUCAAGAUCCUGUGACAAGAGAAAGGAGCAAGAGUUGGAAGCCCAAAGUCAACUAACACAAGAACAAAACAAAAGUCCAUUGCAAAGAGCUUUUGAAACAAUUCUUGAAACAAAGAGGAAGAAUGCUGAAAGUUAUGAAAAGGCUAAAAAGAGAUCUGCUUAUGGUCUUAAACCUAAUACUAAUCCCACACUUCUGCCACCAGUGAUAGCUAAUGAAGAUGAAGGUGAAGCUGUUGAUUUGGAGUCUCUAAGACCAGAAUGUGAAGAGUAUCAGAUUCCAAAGAGUGCAAACAGAGCUGGGCCUACACCUCACCAGCAAUUACAAAUGUCUCAAGGAAAAAGUCAAGGA